GUUCGUGGGAAAGAUUCUGCAGUAAUUGUAACACAGAAGAAAGACAAGUUACUGGAUUCCAACACUGUGACUCAUUUAUUCAGAAUUACUGAAAACAUUGGCUGUGUGAUGACAGGAAUGACAGCUGACAGCAGAUCUCAGGUUCAGAGAGCUCGCUAUGAGGCUGCUAACUGGAAGUACAAGUAUGGCUAUGACAUCCCUGUGGAUAUGCUGUGUAAAAGGAUUGCAGAUAUUUCUCAGGUCUAUACGCAAAAUGCUGAAAUGAGGCCUCUUGGUUGCUGUAUGAUUUUGAUUGGUAUCGAUGAAGAACACGGCCCUCAGGUAUACAAGUGUGAUCCAGCAGGUUACUACUGUGGAUUUAAGGCCACAGCUGCAGGAGUUAAACAGACAGAGUCAACCAGUUUCCUUGAAAAGAAAGUAAAGAAGAAAUUUGAUUGGACUUAUGAACAAACAGUAGAGACAGCAAUAACGUGCCUGUCUACUGUACUAUCCAUUGAUUUCAAACCUUCAGAAAUAGAAGUUGGUGUAGUUACAGUGGAAAAUCCUAAAUUCAGGAUCCUUACAGAAGCAGAGAUUGAUGUGCACCUUGUAGCUCUGGCAGAGAGGGACUAAUUAGCAUUCCCAUUUCCAUUGUCUGUGCUUCUGGCCAGGAUAUUUGGUGAAACGAAAACACUUAUUAAUGGCUUUAGAUUAUGGGUGGAAAACCAUGUUCACUAUAUGAUGUAUUUUACUCUGUACAAAUAAAACAGAGGUUUUUGAAA